CGUCAAAACCCAUUCUUUCGACUUCUUCAAGACCUUGGUCUUCUUCUCCGUUUCCAUCGCCGUUUCGGCCCCCAAAUCGUCGCCGUUCGAUCCCAAUCGGACGGUUUGAAAUCCAUCUCCGCAGCCGCCACCGACACACAUAUACCUUCGCCGGCGACCCAAUGGAUCGGCGGCGAACUGGGAGCCCUGUCUACUUCCGCCAAGGAAGUGGUGGAUCGAGUAGCACUGGAUCGUCCUCGCCGUCGAUGUCACCGUCGCAUCACCGCUCUUCGUCGUUGUCCGGGCUCUCCGGUGUGCGCCGUAACCAGAACGUCGCUGCAAGGGCAGCCGCUGCGAGGUUAGCGCAGGUGAUGGCGUCGCAGAGCGCCGCUGGUGACGAUGAAGAUGAUGAUGAUGGCGAUGGAGACGUCCCCAUCAGCGUUUCAUCGUUUCGGUUGCCUAUGUCAAGGCCUUCGCCUGCCGCCGGCAGCAACGGCUUCGGUGGCGCCGGUGUCGGGGUUGGUCCCGGUUCGUCCUUGCUCGGGAGGACGACCAGAUCUCCUUCCCCUGCGUUAGGUAGAAACUUCAUGGAACACACUUCAUCUGUCCGCUCUUCAUCAACUGGAAGACCGUCAGUGUCGGUGCAUUCAACACAAAUGGUACCUCCCAGCAGGACGUCGCUUAGAACCCAACCACCUAUUCAACAUCUAGAACCUCCUGCUGAUAGGCGCAAAGAAAGAAGGUUUCCUGCAGAUAUGGGGCUUUUACGAUCUAGAGAAUCUGGUGAUCAACGUGAAGCGUCUGAGCUAAAAGAUGAGCUUGACAUGCUUCAAGAAGAGAAUGAAAACAUUCAUGAAAAGCUUCGUAUUGCUGAACAGAGAUGUGAGGAAGCCGAAGCCAGGGCUAGGGAGCUUGAGAAACAGGUCGCUAAUCUUGGUGAAGGGGUUUCAUUGGAGGCUCGACUAUUGAAUAGGAAGGAGGCAGCACUUCGCCAAAGAGAGGCUGCACUUAAGGCUGCUGAAUUAACCAGGGGUGGGAGAGAUGAGGAAAUAUUUGCUAUUCAACAAGAAGUGGAGUCUGCAAAAGCAGAGGCUGAAACUGUGAGAGAGCAACUUAGAGAAGCUCAAUCUGAAGCAAUUUCUCUUCGCUCCAUGACUCAGAGAAUGAUUUUAACUCAAGAAGAGAUGGAGGAGGUUGUUCUCAAGAGAUGCUGGCUUGCUCGUUACUGGGGUUUGGCUGUUCAGCAUGCUAUUUACCCAGAAAUUGCUGUGGCAAAACAUGAGUAUUGGUCAUCAUUAGCUCCUCUUCCUGUUGAAGUUGUUCUUUCUGCUGGACAAAAAGCUAAGGAGGACUCAUGGAAAAAAGAAGAUGAUUCUGCGAGGAUAAAUAAGCUUGCGCGUGAUUUGAGUGACAUGACUGGAGAGGGAAAUAUAGAGAGCAUGCUUUUGGUUGAGAAGGGUUUAAGAGAACUAGCAUCUUUGAAGAUUGAGGAUGCUGUUAUUCUUGCAUUAGGUCAGCAUCGGCGGCCAAAUUAUGUUCGAGUAUCCACCUCAGAUCUCAAAUCACCUGGUGAUCCAAAGUACAUGGAGGCAUUCGAACUCAACCAAGCAGAAUCAGAGGAUGUAUUCUUCAAGCAGGCCUGGCUUACAUAUUUCUGGAGAAGAGCGAAAGCCCAUAGUGUCGAGGAGGACAUUGCUGAAGAUCGGCUGCAGUUCUGGAUUAGCCGCAGUGGCCAAUCACUGGCAUCACAUGAUGCUGUUGACGUUGAGCGAGGUCUGAUGGAGCUAAGGAAGCUGGGGAUCGAACAACUACUGUGGGAGACUUCCCGAAGGGAAAUCGAUCAAAAUCUAUCAACAGAAGAUGCAUCUGAAAAUUAGCAGUUGUAAGUGUCUCUCAUCUCUGUUGUACAUUCCAAAGGGCCUUCCUCUUUAUUCUCUUGCUGAUACAUUGCUCUGUAAAUAAAUAGAUGGUUUUGUUUCUGUUGAGCAAUUUUGCUUUUCUGAACCUAAAAACUGAUGGUGUUAACUAUUAAUGCUCAUUCCCAAAAUAAACAGGAAUGAAACAUCGUUAUUUGUUUAUAACUUGUGAUUAAACUUUUGCAGCAAUUUUA